AGUAACUGUGCUUGUGUUGUAAACACAGCGACGUAAACACUUUCUAUGGAGAUGUGAAUGGCAAUAUGAAAUACAGACUAUGCAUUUAUAUAUGUUAACUGUGAUUUUUCUGCUUAACAAUCGAUGUAGAAUUUUUUGGUAAAAGAUAAUGGAGCUGAACGGCUUCCACUGUGACGGCGAGGGAUGUGCGGAGGAGCAAGAGGAAGAACCGACAGCGCUCAGGCUGCCUCGAUCAAAGACGGAAACGCCAUGUAGCAUAAUUGCUACACCGGGCGCAGAGAGCGCAGCGGCCGGCGGCAGUGCACUCCGAGAGCAGCGGGUGUCAAAAUCGACGCCGGUGAUGCUGAGGCUCGAUUCACUGAAAAAGAACAGGCCGCCCUUCCCAUGGUUUGGCAUGGACAUUGGUGGCACAUUGGUGAAGUUGGUCUACUUUGAGCCCAAAGACAUUACAGCAGAAGAAGAACAGGAGGAGGUGGAUAGUCUGAAGAGCAUCCGCCGCUACCUCACCUCACACACCGCCUACAGCAAAACAGGUAUACGAGAUGUUCACCUGGAGCUCUCUGACCUCACACUUUGGGGCCGCAAGGGCAACCUGCACUUCAUCCGCUUUCCCACACAUGAGCUGCCUGCCUUCCUGCAGAUGGGCAGAGACAAGCACUUCUCCAGUCUACACACCACCCUCUGUGCCACUGGAGGUGGUGCAUUUAAAUAUGAAGAUGACUUCCGUACGAUGGCCAAUCUGCAGCUGUUGAAGCUGGAUGAGCUGGACUGUCUGAUAAAGGGGGUUCUGUACAUUGACUCAGUGGUCUCAGGUGGUCCACCUGAAUGUUACUAUUUUGAGCAUCCAACAGACCCUGAGCGCUGCGAGCAAAAGGCAUACAACCUGGAGAACCCCUAUCCUCUGCUGCUUGUCAACAUCGGCUCUGGUGUCAGCAUACUGGCUGUAUACUCUAAAGACAACUACAAGCGUGUUACUGGAACCAGUCUUGGUGGUGGUACAUUCCUUGGGCUUUGUUGCCUGUUGACUGGAUGCUCCAACUUUGAGGAGGCAUUGGCGAUGGCCACAGAAGGGGAAAGUACACGUGUAGAUAAACUAGUCAGGGACAUCUAUGGAGGCAACUAUGAACGAUUUGGCUUGCCAGGAUGGGCUGUUGCCUCCAGCUUUGGGAAUAUGAUGUGCAAGGAGAAGAGAGACUCAGUCUCCAAGGAGGAUCUGGCUAGAGCAACACUUGUCACCAUCACCAACAACAUUGGCUCAAUCACACGCAUGUGUGCACUUAACGAGAACAUUGAAAGAGUGGUAUUUGUUGGGAACUUUCUGCGAGUGAACACAUUAUCCAUGAAGCUGCUCGCUUAUGCUUUGGACUACUGGAGCAAAGGACAACUCAAAGCCCUGUUCCUGCGACAUGAGGGUUAUUUUGGUGCGGUUGGUGCACUUUUGGAAUUACCAAACCCAUCCUGAUCUGCUACUCAAUCUUAGUUCACAGCUUUUACCAAAAGAAAGAAAUAUUUAUGCAAACAGACCAAAAUUGCCUUCAAAUAUUAGAUCAUGCCCUCAACUAAACAGACCCAGCUCUGACAUCUUAUUAAUACCAAAACUAUUACUAUAAUAACAUCUGCUAAUAAUGUGCUAUACAGUCAGGUUGAACAAUCAGAAUUAACCACAUGCCUAUACUAGUUUAAUGAAUUACUGCAAACAUUAGAACUGUUUAGAGCCUUUAACUUUUAAAAAACAGUCUUAUGUAAAAA